AUGGCCCCCAAACUCAUCACCCUCCUGUGUCUAGGAAUCUGCCUGCCUGCCAGGAUCUGCACACACGCGGGUGGUUAUGACAAGUUCUCCCUGUCAGCCUGGCCGAGCCCCGUGGUUCCCCUAGGAGGACGUGUGACUCUCUCCUGUCAUUCCCAUCUUCAGUUUGUCAUAUUUACAAUAUUCAAAAGAUCUGGGACCCGGGACCAUGUGUUGCACACCGGCCUUUCCAACAACAUCACCAUCGGCCCUGUGACCCCAGGACACGCAGGGACCUACAGAUGUUCUGGAUCUUACAACCACACCACAAUAUGGUCAGCUCACAGCAAAUCCCUGAAGAUUGUGGUCACAGGCUUGUUCACAAAACCCUCCAUCUCAGCGCACCCAAGCUCCCUGGUGCACACAGGAGCCAGGGUGAGGCUGCGCUGUCACUCAGAACUGGCAUUUGAUGAAUUUAUCUUAUACAAAGAGGGGAACACACAGCAUUCCCAGCAGUAUGGUAAGAUGAUCCAGGCUGGCCACCACUUCUCCAAGGCUGUCUUUUCCAUGGGUCCUAUAACGCCUGCCCACGCAGGAGCCUACAGAUGCUGUGGUUCUUUCAAUCGCUCCCGCUACAUGUGGUCGGCUCCCAGUGACCCCCUGGAUAUUGUGAUCACAGGAAAAUACAAAAAGCCCUCUCUCAUUACCCGAGAGAACGCCAUGGCGGGUCCGGGAGAUACAGUGACGUUGUUCUGUAGCUCUAAGAUCCCAUUUGACAAGUAUCAUCUAUCCAAGAAGCAGGAGGCCCGUGGUCACUGGCUCAGUGGAGGGCAGAGCCACAAUGGAAUAUUCCAGGUCGACCUUCCUCUGUGCCUUGUGUCCCCAACCUCUGUUGGGAGCUACAGAUGCUACGGUGCUUUCAAUGAGUCUCCCUAUGAGUGGUCAGCCCCCAGUGACACACUGCAAGUUCCUGUCACAGGUGAGGACCCCAUGCCUGCUGCAUGCUCUGGUACCAGCUGCACCCUGGAGCUCUAUCUGAGGGGCGUCCUGCUGGAGAUCAGGAGAUUUGAGGGGUUCUGGACAAAAUGA